AGUAGAUACUCUACUGCUUUAAAGCAUGAGAAGCUUAUAGCUUGAUGAGCUAAAAUCUCUAGGUAGCUAAAUUUCUAAAAUCUCUCCUUCUUCUCCAUCAUCAAGCUACUUUCAGUUUAGUGUUUAGUAACUUUAGCAUCAAGGAAUUUUCAAAGUCAACUUUAUUGUCAAUUCUGCUAUAUGUACAGGACACAGAGGAUUGAAAUUUCGUUUCGCCAGACCCAUGGUGUGAGAAACCAACAUAAGACAAUAAAAAAAAGUAAAAUAAAAUACAAUACAAUAAAAUAAAAUGUAAAUAUGCUUUUCAAAGCAUUGCUGGGAUAUUUAUGAAUGACUGAUUUGCUAGUUUCAGAAUGGUUAUGUGGCUAUCUAAGUGUGAAAGAUAUUUGCAAUUUUUGUAGUCACUGAGAAGCCCUAUUCUUAUUUGCAUUACUAGUGGCCUACUAUGCAUGUUUAUCGAUCGAGUAGUAAAUGACAAAAUGGUUCAGCUGAAGAUUCAAGAGUUUAUUGUCAUAUGUACAAGAAACAGUCAGUUACACAGUACAAUGAACUUCUUACUCUGCGAAUCCUCAAAGCAACCUCUGACAUAAGGAAAAACUCAGACAGAAAUUACACAUAGCACAUAAACAAACAAAUAAAUAAAUAAAAGGAAAUAAGGUGUUCAGUACAAAACAAAUCAAGCAGAAAUACUGAUGCAGCUGAAUGUGGAGAUGAAUCAGCGGACCGUGCUGUCCUGCUGGAGGGAUUUGGAAAGGAGCUGUGGAUGAGUGGUGGCGCAAACGCAGGCGCAAACGCAGGCGCAGGCGCACCGACCCGCACCGAGGAGGAGUUUCAGGCGAGCAAUCUGGCAACCCCUGUGGGCGGACCAGUGAAGAAGUGAGUCGGUCGGUGUUUGACCCGGGACUGGGGCUGGAUGACAGAUUUGUAUGUGGAGUGUGAGGAAGCGGGUGAAGCAGAAGAGGAGGAUUAUGGUGUCGCUGUGCGCGGUGGCGGCGCUGCUGCUGGCGGUGGUGAUGCGCCUGAGCCGCGGGGGGACCUUCUUCACCUGCCCGCUGAUCUGCAGCUGCACCGCGGACACACUGAGCUGCACCGGGCACACCGAGAGCACAGCCCGGGCAACAUCCUCCACCAACAACAACCUAAGAUUAGCGCACCUGCCUUUCACAGAAGUGCAAAGUGGAACUUUUCGAGGUCUCAUCAACGUGUCCAGAAUUGAAAUUUCUCAAAGUGACUCCAUCAGAAAAAUACGAGGCGAGGCAUUUCUCUCAAUCUACAAUCUCAUCGAAAUCUCAAUACUGAACAUCAUUCACCUGUCAGUUAUAGAAAAGGGUGCCUUCACAGAUCUGCCAAGACUGAGAUACCUGAGCAUCUGCAACACGGGAAUAAGGCAUUUCCCAGAUUUCUCUCGCAUCUCUUCACUGGGGCUGGAUUUCUUCCUGGAGAUGGGAGACAACACACAGCUAAACAGCAUCCCAGCCAACGCGUUUCAAGGCAUAUCCAAGGCGGACACGUACAUGAAUCUUGUCAGAAAUGGAUUUACUGAGAUCGACUCUCAUGCCUUCAACGGGACCAGACUGGAAAAGUUGAUUCUGAAAGACAACUGGCACCUAAUUAAAAUCCAUGAUGAUGCUUUUGAGGGAGCCGAAGGACCAACUUUGCUCGAUGUAUCAUCCACCGCUCUCCGCUCGCUCCCUACGCGAGGACUGAGAGAGGUGAAGAUUCUCAUAGCGCGCUCUACACCUUCCCUAAAGACCCUCCCUCCGCUCGAGAACUUCGCAGAGCUUCAGGAGGCCGAGCUCACCUACCCAAGCCACUGCUGUGCCUUCCACACCUGGAAACGUGACAACAGGGAGACCGCUGUAUUUGGCCGCUUUAAGAACCUAACCAUGCUGUGUAACAUGGCAAACCAAGCAGAUAGCAUGGACCCAUCAGGUGAAGAUCUUAACGACAUCAAUUUCCACUACCCCGAUUUGGAGUUGUGCGUCAGCAGUAGCACCUUCAAGUGCACCCCAGAACCGGACGCUUUCAAUCCUUGCGAGGACUUGCUGGGUCAUACCUUCCUCCGUGCCAUCACUUGGAUUGUCACUGUUUUUGCUCUCGUGGGAAACCUGUCCGUGCUGCUCGUUCUACUCCUGAGCCACCAGAAGCUGAGCGUCUCCCGGUUCCUCAUGUGCAACUUGGCCUUCGCGGAUCUGUGCAUGGGCUUCUAUUUGCUGCUUAUUGCCUUGGCGGACUAUCGAUCGCGUCAAGAGUACUACAACCACGCUACAGAUUGGCAGACGGGCAUGGGAUGUGGAGUAGCUGGGUUCUUGACCGUCUUCGCAAGUGAACUGUCGAUCUAUACUCUCACUAUGAUUACCCUAGAGCGCUGGCACACCAUCACUCAUGCCAUGCAGAUGAGCAGGAGACUGAGGCUUCGCCACAUGGUCACCAUGAUGGCGAUUGGUUGGGGAUUUUCCCUUUUAAUGGCUCUGCUUCCUGUAGUUGGCGUCAGCAGCUACACGAAGGUGAGCAUCUGCCUUCCGAUGGACAUUGAAACUCCGGUUUCGCAGGGUUACGUGGUGGCUGUGUUGGUCAUAAAUGUGGCAGCCUUUUUAAUGGUUUGUUCCAGCUACGCCGGGAUUUACUUAAGCGUGCGCAACCCGAAUGUGCCGACACGUCACGGAGACACAAGGAUGGCCAAACGAAUGGCGGUGCUCAUCUUUACGGACUUCCUGUGCAUGGCACCCAUCUCAUUCUUCGCCAUUUCCGCCGCUUUGCACAUGCCUCUGAUCACAGUCUCCCAAUCCAAAAUCCUUCUCAUCCUUUUCUACCCAAUCAACUCGCUGUGCAACCCGUUCCUCUACACCAUAUUCACACGAGCCUUCCGCAGGGACAUGUGUCUGCUUUUAAGCCGAUGCGGCUGCUGCCACGCGCAAGCGGAGUUCUACAGAUCGCAGGGUCUUUCGGGGGUUACCUUGGCUCCCAGGAAGAAGAGCCUGAGGAAAUCUCACUCGAAUCAGUUUCGAGCGUACCACAUCAAGCUGCAGGGAUGUUUCUUCAAUAAAGCUGCAACAUGAGCUUCAUGUUUCAAACUACUGAACGACUGACUGCUAAGCAGCAAUCUGUGAAUGCUGUACAUACUGUGAAUAUAUGGAACAUACUGUGAAUGCUCUUUAUAUAUUUAAUUUAUUAUUCAUAUUUGUUUCCUGGACUGUGAAGCCUUGUUCUAAACUGGAUUUUCCUCUGCAGAAAUUGAAAACAAUUCUGUUUGAACUUUUUAAUUAAAAAUGAAUAUUUAUGGUUAGAGUUUGUUUGCAGCAAGCAUAGGUUUAUUUUAGUUUGGACACCCAACCAUUUCCAAGCUGCUUUCCCUUAGCAGCUGUUGCCAUCCGUCAUUACUUCAUUUAAGCUUUCAGCACUUCAGCAGGUGUUUCCUCAUGGAUACCUUUUGAAUUUGAAAUGAAGCACCAGAAUGAAUAAUAGGUGAGCCUGGUGAACUUGUAAUUGAGAGACUCAAUAGCCCUGGGGUGUUUUCUCUAAUUUCAAAGCUGAAAAGUAAAUUUUAGAAGAUGCCAGGUUUUGCUUCGUCUCUGCAUCAGACCUCACAAUAACCACAUGCCUCUUUCUGCUCAUUUUGUUUGCAGUUUUAUUUGGUUACCUGAGCAAGUCUGAAUAAACAGUAACCGUAUAUAUGAAAUUA